GAAAUUGUUACUUCUACAUACGAACAACAGUCGUGACGGAUAUGAGCAGGAAGGCAUGUCAAUGAGUGGCGGCGCAUAGGCAACCACCUAUACCUAUCAUGCGAUAUCGAUGCAUCAAGAGAGAUGUCUUUGUUUUGGGCAUCCAGAAAAACACCACACUUUAUUUACAUGACCCCGUAAGAGGUCAUUGCUCUGCAUCGUGCGUGUGGAUUGGAAGGUUUAAAUAGCG